AAUUUAUCGGAUCUCGAAUUUUAAUUUAUUCAAAAAGUAAUUUCGACACGUUUUUUACUCUAAAAGUCUGAAGGCCAUAUCGGAUUAUUCCGAAGGGUUUUGGAGUCAAGGUAAACCUUGGCCAAGUGCGUUGGACAAUGACGAAGUUAUGUAGAGGUGGGCAAAUUCAGAUCAUUUGAAUCGAAUCAGUCUACUAACUUACUGAUUCGGUCCGUGAUAUUAUCUAUGGGACUAUCGAAUAAUUCGAUAGUUUGAUACUACCCAUCGAUAGUCGUAUCACUCGUAUCAGGACCGAAAGAUAAGUUUCAUUAAAAAAAUAAAAACCUCCAAAAGACCUAAAGAUCGUUAUUUGAUUUGAUCGAAUAUUUUAAGUACAUCUGACAUCAUUCGGUCGCGAUCCAGUCACUCGACAGAUUUGUUCAUUUUGAUUCUAUCAGUCGCAACCAUCACAACUCUAGAGUCAUGGACACAUUUGCAGAAUUUAUCGGCAGAAAAGUGAAUAGAGUAAGAUGGAAGCCAGAUGAUCUGAUGGCAUCGACAAUGUUUGUCACCGGUUCGUGGGAUAAUGAAGAUGACAACGUAAUAGAAUUGUGGGGACUGACAUCGGAAGACGAAAAUUCGGCCAAAGAUUUCCCUCCAAAACUUUUGGAUUGUGUACAACAAAAUGGAAAUGUUACGCAAAUUAGAUUUUUAGAUAACAAAUUUGUUGCUGUUAGUACAGAAAAUGGAACAGUUAAAGUAUAUCGUGUCAUUGGCGAGAAUGAAGAUGUUAAUAUUCAUCUUAAUGAAGUCAUGGCUUGGGAAAAUCUACAUUCAUUUGGUAAAGGACAGAGAUGCUCUUGCAAGGAUCUUGCUGUAUGUAAUUAUUCAUUAGCAACCAUUGGUGAUGAUUAUAAACUUAAUGUUAUAUCAUUGAACACCAAACAAAUUCAUCAAGUUCUAGAAGGAAUAAGUAGUUCACCAUUAACAUGCAUUUGUUUCUUAACGGACACUGAAGUUCUCUGCUGCAAUGCACUUAGCCAGAUGAAACUUUGGGAUUUACGAAUUGCUAAAAGUAGUAUAACAGCCAAUAUCAAUAAUUUCACUCAGACUCAAGUGCCAAUAACAUGUGUUGCUCAACACCCUAGUCAAAAACAUUUCAUAUUCACGGGGUCUGAAGAAGGAGAUGUUGGUGUUUGGGACAUGAGAACCAACAGCUUAUUAACAACUAUGAGUAGUGGUGACUCAUCAUCACUUACCGAAAUUGCAUUUCACCCUCUAGAACCGGAUCAUUUGUUUACAUGUUCGUUUGGAGGAAGAUUACUACAAUGGAGCUCUAAAAAAUCAUAUAUGUGUCGUAUUGACCCAGGAGAUUUGGAAUAUUCAAAUUUUUGGGUAAACACAGACAAGGUAAAAACACGAUUGUCGAUCAAUGAUGUAAUACAACCGAUUUAUAUGCCAAUUAACUCAUUGGAUAUACAAAAACAACAACUUAUUUGUGGCGCUGACAAUGAAGCAGUUUACUUUCAACGUAACCUUAAACUUUAAAUAUAACCAUAAUUAAAAAAGCUCGUUAUUUAUAUUAAAAAAACAUUGUAUGAAUUUU